AUGACUGAAAUAAUUCACUAUCUUGCUCGAGGAGUAAUUACUCAGUCAUACUCAACAUUAGCUUACACUAAUGAUUCAAUGCAUUUUGAAAGUAGUUUGAAAUAACAAACCUCACCAUCACUCGAAUGACUCGAUGAGGUAGUAUUGGAUGUCAUGACACAGCUUCUUGGCACAUACUGCCCACCAUAGUUUUUGAACAAGCGCGCACUAUUAAUUUGAAUGCAAUAUACAAUUGUACCACUAGAUGGGAGUAAUUUUUACCCAGUGUCCCUUUAAUACGCAUAUUUUUUGGUUCAAAUUUUUUAAAGGCCUUCUCUGAAUGCGUAGAAGGCUCUGAGGGUUCCCCUCUGUGUGAAUGUAAAUAAUUUGUUGUAACAACAGUACUGAAAGCCUUGUUUAGUGCAGUAAUAUUCUGUCCUUGUUCUUCUCUUUCAGGAUGGAUUUCGCCAUUAACAGGCUGCACAAGGCAGGAAACAAGAGCGGAUUGUAUAUUUUGCGACAUAGCCCCAAGGAUUUCGACAAGUAUUACCUUACCUUUCCUGUAGUGAUGAACGACGUGGUGGAGUACAAGCACUGCCAGAUCAGCCGGUCGUGCGGCGGGGAGUUCAACCUGAACGGCACCAAGAGGACCUUCAUGGGUCUGCAGGAGCUGCUGGCCUGCUACCACAAGGAGACGGUGCGCUCCGACGGGGUCGUGUUCCACUUCAACCGGGGCUGCCCGCCCAAACCCAAAGAGAAGUCGUGCCUGCUGGUGUGCAGGAGAGACAAAGGUCUGGACGUGGCCGCCUCCCCGUCGCUCCACAGACACAACAUCAGCCAGAUGGUGUUCCACAAGAUCAAGAAGGAGGACCUGCAGUUUAUGGAGAGUCUGGGCCAGGGAACCUUCACCAAGAUCUUCAAAGGCGUCCGCAAGGAGCUGGGCGACUACGGCCUCCUGCACCAGACGGAGGUGGUCAUGAAGGUCCUGGACCACGCCCACAGGGCAUACUCCGAGUCCUUCUUUGAGGCAGCCAGCAUGAUGAGCCAGCUAUCUCACAAACACCUGGUGCUGAACUACGGGGUGUGUGUCUGCGCCGGGGAGGACAAUAUCAUGGUGCAGGAGUAUGUGAAGUUUGGCUCUUUGGACACCUACCUGAAGAAGAACAAGAACUCAGUCAACAUCCUGUGGAAGCUGGAGGUGGCGAAGCAGCUGGCCUGGGCCAUGCACUUCCUGGAGGAGAAAAACCUGGCCCACGGGAAUGUCUGUGCCAAAAAUGUUCUCCUCAUCAGGGAGGAGGACAGGAGGAAUGGAAACCCGCCCUUCAUCAAGCUCAGCGACCCUGGCAUCGGCGUCACCGUCCUGCCCAAAGAGAUUCUGACGGAGCGGAUCCCCUGGAUGGCCCCGGAGUGCGUGGAGGAGCCCGGCAGCCUGAGCCUGGCCGGGGACAAGUGGAGCUACGGCACCACGCUGUGGGAGAUCUGCAGCGGGGGGGAGAAGCCCCUGGCCGCCCUCGACCACACCAAGAAGCACAUGUUCUACGCCGAACGGCUGCAGCUCCCUGCGCCCAAGUGGACCGAGCUGGCCAACCUGAUCUCCAGCUGCAUGGACUACGAGCCCAGCUUCAGGCCCACCUUCAGGGCCGUCAUCAGGGACCUCCACAGCCUGUUCACCCCCGACUACGAACUGAUUGUGGAGAGUGACAUCAUGCCCAACAAGACGCUGAGCUCUGGUUGGGUGACGGGUGGCUUUGAGAGCCAAGAGCCCGCCCAGUUUGAAGAGCGACACCUCAUAUUUCUACAACAGCUCGGCAAGGGCAACUUUGGCAGUGUGGAGAUGUGCCGGUACGACCCACUGCAGGACAACACGGGGGAGGUGGUGGCCGUGAAGAAGCUCCAGCACAGCACCGCCGAGCACAUCCGGGAGUUUGAGCGGGAGAUCGAGAUCCUCAAGUCGCUGCAACACGAGAACAUCGUCAAGUACGAAGGAGUGUGCUACAGUGCAGGCCGCAGGAACCUGCGUCUGAUCAUGGAGUACCUGCCCUACGGAUCUCUGCGAGAUUACCUGAUCAAGAACAAGGAGAGGAUAGACCACAGCAAGCUGGUUCACUACACCGCUCAGAUCUGCAAGGGGAUGGAGUACCUGUCCAACAAGAGGUACAUCCACAGAGACCUGGCCACCAGGAACAUCCUGGUGGAGAGCGAGAACCAGGUGAAGAUUGGGGACUUUGGGCUGACCAAGGUCCUGCCUCAGGACAAGGAGUACUACAUGGUGAAGGAGCCUGGGGAGAGCCCCAUCUUCUGGUAUGCCCCAGAGUCUCUGACAGAGAACAGGUUCUCUGUGGCCUCAGAUGUGUGGAGCUUCGGGGUGGUGCUGUAUGAGCUGUUUACACACAGUGACAAGAACUGCAGUCCACCGGCGAUGUUCAUGGCCAUGAUGGGGAAUGACAAGCAGGGUCAGCUGAUCGUCUACCAUCUGAUUGAGCUGCUCAAGUCUGGCAGCCGGCUGCCUCAGCCCCUGGGCUGCCCCACAGAGAUCCACGACAUGAUGCAGGAGUGCUGGGACAAUGAGCCAGCCAUGCGGCCCUCCUUCAAAGAGCUGGCCCUGGGCGUGGACCUGUUCAGAGACAGCAGGGGCUUCUGAGGGUUCGGAUGGGCCCCUGGUGGAGCCAGGGUUGUGCUAUCCAGGAGGUUGCUGGUUCAAAUCCUGGACCAGCUUUAAAAUAAACAAAGAAACCUCAUUGCCAAGGUGCCUCAGAGGAAGCACGCCUGCGCCUGCUCAGUGGCCAACGUGUGUGUGUGUGUGUGUGUGUGUGUGUGUGUGUGUGUGUGUGUGUGUGUGUGUGUGUGUGUGUGUGUGUGUGUGUGUGUGUGUGUGUGUGUGAUUGUGUGUGUGUGAGUGAGAGAGUGAGAAUGUCAGCUAGCGGGGCUAGCUCUGAUGUCACCCUUUCCCUAAAAUAUUAUUACACUAACAACGCAGUUUUCUUAUGUGUUAAUGCAUAUAUUUGUGUACAAAUGUAAUUUUAUUUUUGUUGUUUUUUAAACAAAGGAAUAGUACAGGAUAUAUUUGAUCUGCUUACGUGCAGUCAUUGUAAAUGAGGUAAAUACAGAGGUGAUUAUAUACAUAUUUUUGUUUGUUUGCUUUUGUUUUCACUGUGAAGCAAGUGGUCUGUGAAUUACUAAAUAAACACUU